AUGAUUCUAAGUUUCUUUCCAGGAAAUUCAUUCGAAGAGGUAAAGGUAGACCAGCCUGAGAGUUCAGUGUCUGUCAAUGCUGGAGAUGAAGUCACCUUGCCCUGCAGCAUGUCUUCUCUGUCACCCAAAGGAACUGUCUCAUGGUUCAAAGAGGACGGGCCCAAACGGCAAUUAAUCUACAGUUUCAAUGGAAAUCACUUCCCCCGAGUAACUCAAGUACAGAAAACAGUACCCAAUCAAAUGGACUAUUCCAUCCGCAUCAGCGACAUGUCACCAAAGGAUGCUGGCACCUACUUCUGUGUGCUGUUAAAGAAAGGGAAUCCUGCCAUGGAGCUCAUGUCUGGUCCUGGUACCUAUGUGUCUGUGAAAGGAACCACAGACCAGACAUCCCACGUACAACAAAAUGAGAUCUCACGGACUGUGGAAAUGGGGAAGACGAUCACCUUGAGUUGCACUGUGCCCGACACCCUCCCCAGCGGCCCUGUUGCGUGGUUUAAGGGAUCCGGGCCAAAUCGGAAAUUAAUCUUCAACUUCAAGGAUGAUCGCUUUCCCAGAGUAAAAGCUACUGCGGACACCAGCAAAGCUGGCAACACGGAUUUCUCCAUUCGCAUCAGUGAAGUCUCUCUUGCAGACGCUGGAACCUAUUACUGUGUGAAGUUCAAGAAUGGGAAGCCUAAUGAGUAUCAAUCCGGUCAGGGCUCCCAGGUGUUCGUGACUG